GUUUGAAAUUAUUGAAUGACAUAUGUAUGCUUCGUUCUAUGAUAGUAUUAUUCUAUCAUAUAUGGAUAUUUAUGAAAUUGUUAUACAUAACUACUUCAUAUCAUUUAUCAGAUAUUGAUAAUGAUCAUAUUGAAUUAACACAAUUAAUAAGUAAUGAUAAUCAAAUACGUAUUCGAUGCGAUGCUAAAAGUCGUAAUACAGUUGAAAGUUUAAUACUUUUAAGUUGUCCACUUAGUAAAACUGGUGUAUGUCGAGAAAAUUGUAUCAAUCCAUGUCCAGUAAAUGAAACAUCAACAAUUUGUAAUGAUGCAGUAACAUUGGCUAUUCCUAAAUGCAUUUAUCGAUCUAUGUCAAAUGAUCAUAUACAAAUUGAAUAUUUAAUACAUUUAAAUGCUAUUAAUGAGAAAGGACAAUGGUGGUGUACAUUUCGUGGGAAACGAUCUAAUUCUAUUGAAUUAGAUUCAUAUCAUAUUCGACAAAAAUUAACCACUACAAAUAUGAAAACAGUGAACAAAUAUGAUACAGUUAUAGAUAUUACAACUCCAAUAGAUAUUUCACCUAAUCUGAUACAACUAAUUAUUGGACUUGUUGGUGUUUCAAUCGCUUUCAAUAUAUUCUUUUUUGUACGAUGUUUUACUGUGAAAAAUUAUUUGAAAAAUCUUCAUAUCGGUCAUUCAAGAAAUAAUUGUCUUGAUCAACUACUCUGUAUAGAUCAACCAAGAAAAUUAUCACCAAAAACAAGACUAAAUUAUAUUCAACAUGUUAGUCCAUCGGAAACGCCAAAACUCACAGUGAAAUUAUCUACCACAGUAACUACAACAAUCUCAACUACAAAUGAACAAUGGACUGAACCAAUCAACCUGAUGACAAUGAUACAUAAUAAUCAUUCACCAUUUGUUUAUCAUAAAUCAAAUUCUAUUCCAUCAUCACCUACUACUAAUUAUCCUAUUCUACAUCAAAAUCCAUUACAAUAUACGCAACAAUAUUCAGGUUUACCACAAAAUUCAUUUUAUUCCAAGUAUCCAAUGCAUAAUUCAUUCAUUAAUCCUAAUCCUAAUAAUAAUGGUUCAUCAAUGGAAUUUAUUUACGAUGAAGUUCAUAAUUCAAUUUAUACAACAACCAAUAGUCAACCAAGUGAUCAUGAGAAAAGAAAAGACACUACAAAGUUUCAGAAAUUUCCUAAUAAUACAGUUCGAACUGUAUAUGAUAUUGGUGAUUGGCUUGUAGAUAAAUCUGGUCAAAUUUAUAUUCCAUAUGCACAAAUUACACCAAAACCUCAAAGAAUUAUAUUAAAUAAUUUUGAUUAUUCAACAUUAAGAAAAAAUGAUUUUUUUAAAAAUUCUCCCUUAUUAAAUACAAUUAUAAAUAAUCAACAACAAGAGCAACAACACCAACAAGAACGACAACAGCAACAUCAACAGGAACAACAACAGCACCAUCAACAAGAACAGCAACAGCACCACCAACAAGAACAGAAACAGCAGCAACAACAACCAUAUUCAUCAACAAUUCCAAUACAAACCAGAGAUCCAAAUUCGAUCAAUAAUAAUAAUAAUAAUAAUAAUCCGAUGAUCAGUUCUACUCUUAGUUUACCAUUGGUUCCAGUUAAUAUCACAAAGGAUGUAUCAUUCACUAAUGAACAAUUAUUUAUUCAAAAUAUUCCAAUUGAAGUCAAUGAAUUAGAUAAUGUUAUUGAACAAAAUGCUAAUUUAUCAAUCAAUAAAAACAAUAAACAAUCAAUCAACCAAAUCGAUUUAUUCAACCCACAAGUGUCAGAUCCAUUAAAUACUCAUCAAAAUAUUGAUCAAAAAUUCAUUACUAAUAAUAUCAAUACAACAAUUGAAUGGAAACCUUCAAUUAAAUUACUUUCACAUAAAACUACUAAACAAUUAAACGGGAAUUCUACACAUAAAAUAAAUGAAAAUCAUAAGAUUGCUGAUUUAGAGGAUUGGUCUAUGAUAGAUCAAGAUUAAUUAAUUUUUAAGAAAAAAUAAUGAUAAAUAUUACUGAAAUGUUUCUUCUUUUUUAUUUAGUUGACAUUAUAUUACUUUAUUAUAAAUAGUAGUCAAUUCUAUAAAUUGCAAAAAGUUUAGAAGUAAUAAAUUAAAUUGUUUGUUUUUUUUUGUCAAUUAAAAUAAUCCAUAGUGUGAUUGAAUAAGAAAAAGAGAAUUCAGUG